UCGUUAGUCGUUACACUUCGCGAUGAAUCGAGGCUGAAAUUGGAAAUCAUGGCAAAUGGCAGCUUCACAUUGUCCUCGCCGGUGCCGUCCUGAACCUAAACGACGAUUUGAUGCUCUGUCUCGUUCUUAUCCCUUUCUCUGAACUCUCAAAGCUGAUUCUCUGUUUCUCUCUCUUGUCCAAAUGUCAAUAUUUUAUUGAUUUUGAAGCGUCGAAGCAAUCAAUAAGCUAUGCCAUAUAUUCCCUCCCAAAUUUCCAAACCCAACUGAAUACUCAAGCCGAGGUUGUUCUGUCAUCUUCCAUAUCGGAAUUCAUACUUUUAGAGUUUUUUCUAUUCUGUUGCUUUCUCCAGCGAUGGUCCCAUCGGCGGCGACCUUGACCGAACGCCGUCGAGUGAUUUCUACGACGAUUGGUGGUGGAAAAGCCACGGUAGAUGUGGAUUCGGGAGAGCUGAGUCGAGAAAAUGGCUGUAACAGCUCAAGGGAGAAACGUGUCGGAGUCGCCGGGAGAAAUGGCCCUCGGCCUCAGCCUGCUCGGCAAUCGUCGUAUAAAGAAAAUAUUGGUCACAUUGCUGCCGAGACGUAUUUGAUCACUCGGCUUGCUUUCACGCUUCUUCGAUGUUUGGGGAUAGGUUAUCUCUGGAUCACACAAUUACUUGCCCUUGGAUGCUAUGCCAUGCUUCUUAUGCCUGGUUUUCUACAAGUUGGAUAUUAUUAUUAUUUCUCAAAGCGGGUAAAACGAAGUGUUAUUUAUGGAAAUAUGCCAAGAAAUAGGAUGGAUUUGUAUUUACCUGCUGAUAUUCACGAACCCAAACCAGUUUUGAUAUUUGUAACUGGUGGAGCAUGGAUUAUUGGGUAUAAAGCAUGGGGUUCCCUCUUGGGACUGCAGUUGGCAGAAAGAAACAUCAUCGUGGCAAGCAUUGAUUACAGAAAUUUUCCUCAGGGAACCAUCAGUGAUAUGGUAAAAGAUGUCUCGCAAGGAAUUUCUUUCAUUGUUAACAAUAUAGCUGAUUAUGGAGGUGACCCUAAUAGGAUUUAUCUAAUGGGGCAAUCUGCUGGUGCUCAUAUUUCUGCUUGUACUUUAUUGGACCAAGCAAUUCAAGAAUUUGGAAAAGGAGAUAGCGUUUCCUGGAGCGUCUCCCAGAUAAAAGCUUAUUUUGGUUUAUCAGGAGGAUACAACUUAAUGGAUUUAGUCGAUCACUUUCAUCAACGUGGCUUGUAUCGUUCUAUUUUUUUAAGCAUAAUGGAAGGUGAAGAAUCAUUGAAGAAAUUUUCUCCUGAACUUAAAGUUAAUGAUCUACGCAUUAAAGAUGCCGCUCUUCUCUUGCCCCAAGUUAUCUUGUUUCAUGGAACUGAUGAUUAUUCCAUACCAGCAGAUUCCAGUAAAAAGUUUGCUGAUACUCUGAAGAAGGUGGGUGCAAGAACUGAGCUGAUUCUAUAUGAUGGAAAAACACAUACAGAUCUGUUUCUCCAAGAUCCAUUGCGAGGUGGUAAAGACGACCUAUUUGAACACGUAGUUUCUAUCAUACAUUCUGGCGAGGAUGAAGCUCCAGCAGAGGAUGCAAUGGCACCCCCAAGAAGACGGUUUUGUCCUGAGUUGUUAUUGAAAUUGGCCGGCAAGAUCAGUCCCUUCUAAGCUUCUGGAAAUUAUGAGGAUUCCUUUCAUGUAUUGAUCAUAUCAUAGGAUCUUCUGAAAUUUACUCCACUCAAAAAUUCGGAGAAACAGAGUAGAAGGUGAGACUAUAUGCCAAUGGAUCUUCUCCACUCGUCCAUUUAGAGAUAAGAAUGAUGAGAAAAUGUGACUGAAGGUGGAGGACAAGGAAGGAUCUUACUCAAUGGUGUGUGUGUAUAUUGUAUGUCUGGUAUAUUAAUUACAGUUCUGAAUCUCUUACUAUUCAUUUCAGCUUCAUGUUAUUAGAUUUAGAGGAUUAGUUGGAAUACUGAAGAAUUCGGCCAUUUAUUCAUUGCCGUAUAAUUUAUUUAUUUUUUCAAA